AUGCCAAGCCAAUCCCGCAGCCGCGACCGUCCCGAGAGGAGGGACCGUGAUCGCGAUCGUCCACGCGAUACAGAGCGCUCGUAUCGUCGGGACCGGGACCGCGACGAGUAUACCCGUGGCCGCUACGAAGACCCAGAUGAAACGCCCAGCCCCACCAACGCGCGCAGUGCUAAGUACCGCUUCCGCGGGGAAUCAGGGUACGAGUCGAAUUCGCAUGAUAAUCUGGAGCGGGAUGAGUAUGAGGAAGAUCGCGAGCGACGCAGAGAGCGGAGACGCAGACGGAGGGAGGAAGAGGAGGCGCUGGCUUAUGGAUCGCCUGAUGAAAGACGGAGAGAUAGAGAGCGGGAGAGGGGUGGUUCUAGACCCAAGGAAUCGGCGUCACGACGGGACCGGGAGCGAGACCAUGAAGGACGACGCUAUCGCGGGUACGAAAGUGGGAGUCCGAUGAGGGAGAGACGGACUCGGGAUGUUGAUGUUGAUGCUGAGGCUGAGGCCCGUCGGCGACGACGACGGGAAAGGCAGAAAGAAAGAGAUAGACAGAUGGAGCUGGAUGCUGCGGCUGCGGCGCCGGCGAGGAAGCAUCACAGUACUGAGUCUUCGAGCAGUGCUUCACAUCUCUUGAGUGUUGAUGCUAUGGCGCGUCUUGCGGCUGAACAUGAGGACGCUGAUCGUUUGGAACGGGCACGUGAAGAGGAGGAAUUGCGUAGGGAACGUCGGCGGCAGCGCAAGCGGGCUGCUAUGGAGGAAGCUAUGGCUCGUGAGGUUCCAAAGGGCCGAUCACGCCAUAAAGCUGGAGCGCGAGUUGUGUCUGGUGCUUAUCUGGAAGAAGGACACAGUUCUGAUGCUCGAGUACGACAUCGUGGCGGUGGUGGGUAUGCUGGGCAUGACCACUGGAAAGGGGAGGACAACUGGGAAGGCAGCUAUGAUAGCCGCGGAGGGCCACCGGCCUGGAAAUUUUGGUCUAACUGGUCCAGGAAAAAGCGCAUCUGGAUGGGAUGCCUACUGGCAGUCAUCCUGUUGCUUGCCAUCAUCAUUCCUGUUGCUCUUGUUGUGUCGAAGAAGAAAGGCUCGGAUUCCGACUCGACGACGACGAGUUCCUCUGAUUCCGACUCUGACGACCCCAAGUCUAAUUUGGACAAAAUCGACCGCGACAGCAUUCCAGCUUAUGCCCAAGGCACUGUCUUGGAUCCAUUCAGUUGGUAUGAGACAAAUGGAUUUAACCUUACCUUCACUAAUGACACUGUGGGUGGUCUUUCCCUCAUGGGCAUCAACUCGAAAUGGGAUGAUUCAGCCCGACCUAAUGACGAUGUCCCUCCUCUCAACAAGCCAUUUCCGUAUGGUUCACGGCCCAUCCGCGGAGUCAAUAUAGGUGGAUGGUUGUCCAUCGAACCAUUUAUCACCCCUUCUUUGUUCGAAAAAUGGCCAGCCAAGGCUGGUAUCAUCGAUGAAUAUACUUUGACCAGAAAGCUGGGAAGCUCUGCAGCAAACACCAUUGAGAAACACUACGCCACCUUCAUUUCAGAGUCAGAUAUCAAGGAAAUCAGAGAUGCCGGGCUAGAUCACGUUCGCAUUCCAUACGCCUACUGGGCGGUAACUACAUAUGAGGGCGAUCCAUACGUCGCUAAGAUCUCAUGGCGUUAUCUUCUACGUGCGAUCGAGUGGUGUCGCAAGUACGGACUGCGCAUCAAACUCGAUCUCCACGCGCUUCCCGGUAGUCAAAAUGGGUGGAACCACAGUGGCCGACAAGGUAGCAUCAACUGGCUGGCCGGCUCAUACGGCGACGUCAAUCGCAAGCGAUCACUUGAAGUCCACGACCAGCUCUCAAAGUUCUUCGCCCAAGAUCGGUACAAGAAUGUAGUGACGAUCUACGGCCUUGUGAACGAGCCACUGAUGCUAUCUCUGCCCGUCGAGAAGGUGCUCGAUUGGACCAAGGAGGCGGCAGAACUCGUCCGCGGAAACGGCGUCUCUGCAACUCUUGUUUUGCAUGAUGGAUUCCUAAAUCUUGCUAAAUGGGAUGGCAUGUUCCAAUCACGCCCGGAUAAUAUGUAUCUUGAUACACAUCAGUAUACAACCUUUAACACCGGCGAGAUCGCACUGAACCACUCUGCGAAGGUCAAUACCAUCUGUGUGAACUGGUACUCCAUGCUGAAGGAGAUCAACACCACAACUUCUGGAUGGGGCCCGACUAUGUGCGGCGAAUGGUCUCAAGCUGACACCGACUGCGCAAAGUAUGUCAACAACGUCGGCCGUGGUACUCGCUGGGAAGGAACCUACGAUACCAAGUCAUCAACAGCCUAUUGUCCGACCGCGGAUCAAGGAACAUGCAGCUGCGACGACGCGAACAUGGAUCCGGCCAAGUACACAGAUACCUAUAAAAAGUUCCUCCAAACCUAUGCGGAGGCCCAAAUGUCCGCCUUUGAAACCGCCAUGGGAUGGUUCUAUUGGACCUGGAAGACCGAGUCCGCUGCGCAGUGGAGUUACCGAACUGCCUGGAAGAACGGAUUCAUGCCGAGCAAGGCAUAUUCCCCAUCCUUCAAGUGCGGCGACACAGUGCCAGACUUCUCUGAAGCAGCCGAGAGCUUUUGA